CUGAAUGCACUUUACAUGUCGUAUUCAGUAACACGAUUUUAUAAGAGCAACUUUUUCCCCGCUCUGUAUUUGCUGCAUACUACCACCACGGGUCUAGGCCAGUACUGUUUUUCAGCAAAGAGUAUGGCUAGAGGCGGGAAGAAGGCAGCAGCAGCAGAUGGAGAACCUAACCCAGAUAUGCUGGAGAAAAAGAGGUUGAAGAAACUGGCAAUUUCAAAGCAAAUGCUCUCGGAAAAUCCUUCAAGGGUUCGGACUAGUGCUUUGAGCCCAUCAAAGACAGUAAUUAAACACCACGGCAAAGACAUCUUGCGCAAGUCUCAGCGAAAGAACCGUUUCCUAUUCUCUUUUCCCGGUUUACUUGCUCCUGUUUCCGGAGGUAAAAUUGGCGAGCUCAAAGACCUUGGUACCAAAAACCCUAUUCUCUACCUCGACUUUCCUCAGGGCCAAAUGAAGUUGUUUGGGACAAUUGUAUAUCCAGAGAAUAGGUAUUUGACUUUGCAGUUCUCAAGAGGCGGGAAGAAUGUAGUGUGCGAAGAUUACUUUGACAAUAUGAUUGUGUUUUCUGAUGCAUGGUGGAUAGGGAGGAAAGACGAGAAUCCAGAAGAAGCACGGCUUGAGUUUCCAAAGGAGCUGAAUGUGCAAGAGAAAUUGGAGUGUGAUUUCAAAGGUGGUGCAGGUGCUACAAGCGUGAAAAAACGAAGCAGUGGCGAAUGUGAGGUCAAGCAUGUGGAACAACUGUCUCCUGAACACGAACAGGAGGAGAAUAUAUCAGAAAGUCAAAAUGAUUCAAAAGAACUUGUUGAGUUAACUCCAACUCGUCGUUCAGCCAGGGCAGCAGGAAAGAAAAUCAAUUUUGCAGAAGCUUCUUCCGGGGAUGAUUUGACUGACAAUGGAGCUGAAACUUCUGAAGAAGAAGAAAAAAGUGCACAAGGUCAAGUUGCUGAAAGAAUUAGAGCUGCUGCUGAAUCUGCUUCCAAGUCUAAGGAAUCCUCCCGUACUAAGCAAAAUUCUCUUGUUCAGACUACUAUUUCCACAUUGUUUAAGAAAGUGGACAAGCUUGUCAGUCCAGCUAGAGUUUCCCAAAGAAAAACAACAAAAUCAACAAACAAAGGGACAUCCAGCACAGGAUGUGGUUCGACCGUGUCUGAUCAUCUUGGUACUUCUCAGGGUGAAGAUGACACUGAAGAGUUCUCUAGUUCGUCAAAGGAUGCAGACGAAGCUAGCGAUGAAGAUUGGGCUGCUUGAGUUAUUAUAUUUUAUAAUUCGAUAGAAUGAUGGCAACUGUUCUCAAUGGUUCUGCAAUUGCUCUCGUGGGCGAACCUUGCUAUAGAUGUCAUGAAUACAAAAGGCAAACAAAGGUGUUGUCAUCUUUUGUUUGUUUCAUUUCAACUUAAGUUACACACACACACAUUCAUGAAGUCUGUGGCUGUAGAGUGACUUGAAUUUCCAUACGGGAACAUAUGUAACAUUGAAGUUUUAGUUCCAAAAUGCAAGGUCUGGCCGUUGUUGGGAGAGAAAUUUCUCGUA